AUGUGAAUGUGUAAGUGUAUGUGUGUGCAUAUGUGUGUGUGUGUGUGUGUGUGUACGCACGCGGAGGGAUGGCGCGUCACGUGGAGCCUGUACGCUGCGUGUCCGCGUCCGCUCGCACCGCACAACAUAGCGUAGAGCGCGCGCGCUGAGACAUGGAGCGGUGAAGUGGCGCGUGACGGAACGGAGGUCUGUGCCUGCAGGUGCUCGCGCUGCGUCCUCUAAACAACAACAACGACAUUCUGCAGUGGGGAUCAUUUUAUAUUUUAUGCAUAUUUUAUUAUUUUAUUUAAAUGCCCUUGUUGUGGAAGAACACAAUGCGGAUUCUCACGUGCGUCGUCACGGUGCUCGUCCUCAGCCAGCAGGUCAGCGCUCUGACCAAGGUUUUCGGGGACCUGGAGCCGGUGAGGAUGACGUCGGAGGGAUCGGACUGCCGCUGCAAGUGUGUGAUGCGGCCGCUGAGCAUUGAGGCGUGCGCCAGGCUUCGGGACGGGACCCUGAAAGUGGACGAUUUUUACUCGGUGGAGACGGUGAGCUCCGGAUCGGACUGCAAAUGCUCGUGCACGGCUCCACCCUCGUCCCUGAACCCCUGCGAAAAUGAGUGGAGGACGGAGAAACUGAGGAAGCAAGCACCCGAGCUGUUCAAGCUGCAUUCCAUGGUGGAUAUGCUGGAGGGGACGUUGUACAGUAUGGAUCUGAUGAAGGUUCACGCGUACAUGAAUAAAGUGGUGGCCCAGAUGAACACACUGGAGGAGACGAUAAAAACCAACCUGAGUCGAGAGAACGACUUCGUCCGUGAUAGCGUCAUGAAUCUGUCCGAUCAGCUGAAGAAGUACGAGAACUACUCGGACAUCAUGGUCAGCAUCAAGAAGGAGAUCUCCAGCUUGGGAGUGCAGCUGAUGAAGAAAGACGCAACAGACAACAAGGCACAGGCCACCGACAGUAAGAAGGUCAAAGAGGCAGUAAAACCCUCUAACAAAAAGUCGUCGGUGGUGAAACCUCCUCCGAAACCGCCCAAAGAGAAGCCCAUCAAACCCAAAAAGGAGCCUCCGCCGCCCAAGACGGCCAAACCUGCGAAACCAGAGCCAACCCCCAAGAGCAAAGCGGCGGGUCACCAGCCAGGGGUCAUCAGGGGCAUCACCUACUACAAAGCCACCAGGACGGACGAGUCAGGGGCGGAAAGCGUGGCCAAAGGGGACAGAGAAAACCCGGCCAAAACCCACACCGUCCACCAAAUCCAGGACAAGGGAGGUUCCGAACUUGUCUUGGAGGCCAUUGAGGUCACCACUCCUGCUUCGCCAAAAACGACAAGGACAACAACAUCCACAACAACAACUAAAACAACAACAACAACGACGGUCGCUCCGACGACACAAACAACCACCAGCAAUGAGGAGCUUUUCACUACGGCUUCCACCGAGUCGGAACCAGAUAUGGAGAAACCCACCAUCACCGUCACGCCGUCUCUGAAGACCACGAAACCCGGCUCUAACAACACAGUGUAUGUUAAACCUCUGGAGUGUGAGGGUACCAUUGCCUCGGUGGAGAUGCCAGAGAAGCACCACAGCUACGGGCGUAAUGAAGGCGCCUGGAUGAAGGACCCUGCUGCCAAGGACAACAGAAUCUACGUCACCAACUACUACUACGGCAACAACCUGGUGGAGUUUCGCAACCUGGACAAUUUUAAGCAAGGUCGCUGGAGUAACCUCUACAAGCUCCCAUAUAACUGGAUAGGAACAGGUCAUGUGGUCUACAAUGGCGCCUUCUACUACAACCGAGCCUUCACCAAGAACAUCAUCAAGUACGACCUGCGGAUGCGCUAUGUGGCAGCGUGGACGCUCCUGCAUGAUGUGGUGUACGAGGACACGACACCGUGGAAGUGGCGUGGCCAUUCGGACAUCGACUUUGCCGUGGACGAGAGCGGACUCUGGGUGAUCUACCCGGCACUGGACUACGACUACUCGCAGCAGGAAGUGAUCGUCAUAAGCAAGCUGGACCCGAGUGACCUGUCCACCAAGAAGGAGACCACGUGGAGGACGGGCCUGAAGCGCAACACGUACGGAAACUGCUUCAUCGUGUGCGGCGUGCUGUACGCCAUCGACGUGUACAACCACAGAGAGGGCGAGGUGGCGUAUGCCUACGACACGCACACCAACACGGAGGCAGCACCGCGGCUCCCGUUCACCAACGAGUAUGCCUUCGUCACCCAGGUGGACUACAAUCCUAAAGAGAAGGUGCUUUAUUGCUGGGACAACGGACACCAGCUCACUUAUAACCUUCACUUCGUGGGUCAGUGAGGAGGUGGAAAACCGUUCGACCCUUUACUUCAGGAAACCUGACUUUUUUUCUAAGAGGGAAAUCAAUCUAAAGAAUAUUAUAAUAACUGUAAAAGGGAAACAAACUCUUCUUGAAUUCCGAUAAAAUGGCGACUUUGUUUAAAAUCGUGUCACAGCUUUAAAGUGUAACCUUUCCGGGAAAAAUUUAAAGAAUUCUGGGUUUUAAAGCAUUAAAAAAAUUCGGUGAAAUGAAUUUCAACUUUCAACUGUUUUCCAGCGGAGAAAAAAAAUAUUAUUACACUCACCGCUAAUGUAGUCGAUCACUUCAAAAAUGUUCUGGGUUUGGUUCUAAAAUAAAUAGAUAAAAUUUGUUAUUAAAAAUACAAACGAAUGCGACUCUGUCAGUCAGAGAAGCAACCAAGAGGCUAAGAGUGUACACUUUAACACAAUAAUGCCACCACGCUUCACUCACUCCAAACCUAGUCCAUCCAUCCAUUUUCUAUACCUGCUUUAUUCCUAAUUAGGGUCAUGGGGACCUGCACACAUUGGGCGAAAGGCAGGGGUACAACACUGGACACGUCACCAGUCCAUCACAUGGCCACACAUAUAGACAGACUCCACUAUGGGCAAUUUAGAAUUAACAAUCAACCUUAUGUUUUUGUGGGAAGAAACCGGAGUAAACCCACACAGGCAAACUCCACACAGAAAGGUCCCUGCCUGUUCAAACCUGGGAUGCGAACCCAGGACCUUCUUGCUGUGAAGCAAUAGUGGUAACCACUAAGCCACCGUGCUGCCCCGAACCAUAGAAUCAUUUCUAUCAUUUCUCAUCGGAAAUUUUGGAGAAAAAAUUUGAACUUUAUAUCAUUUCAAAUUUGAGAAUUUCCGUGUACUAUAUACUACAGAUAAACUCAAUUCCCUGUCGGAAUUCCGAGCUCGUGCUGGGAAUUCUACGCAAUUAGCGUUUUUUUUUUUAACACGACACGACACAUUUCUAAUACACUUUGACACACACUUUAUAUCAGGAAUCGUACACUUUUUUCGCAAAUCUACCUGAGUAUGAAAGGUCACAGUCUUGCAGAGUUUUUUAAAUAAAGAAUGAAGAUACUACAAAACAUUAUAAAGGUUAACAUUAAAAAGAAAAAAAACGCUUUGUGAAUAAACAUAAACCUAUAAAAUCCUAUAUAAGAUGUUUAUGGUACUUGUAGUAUUAAUUCGGGUGUAUCAGUGUAUGUAAAUGACUCAUUUACGCUAUUACGGCUAUUAAUUUUGUAAGAUAUAAAUGACUUUUGCACUGUAAAUAUUUCCAGUAACCGUUAGCGACAGAGCUGUUUGUUAGAUCAAUAAGGGUGUGUGGUGUGUUUUAUUUUUUUGUAACGUCUCUCAGUAAACAUUAGUUAAACUCCUGGAUGAGUUUCUGUUAGGUUUAAUGUUUUGUAUGACUCACGCAUGGAGGGUGAAAUGUUCCAUGUUUUCUGCACUAUAACUAAAAUAAACUUCGACUCCAUUACCACGGGUGCCUCUAGAA